AUGCCAAAAGCGGAGACUUCCACCAAACUCGUUUACUCCAAGACGGCACUCGUCAAGCUCGUCAUUUCCGAUGCUAAGCCUGAUUGGGGUAAGAUUGCUCAGAGCAUCGGCAAGACCAAGAUGCAGGUCUAUGAUACCUGGCGCAAGAGCUUGCUCAAGGCACUUGUCUCGAAUCAGCCAUGGUCUUCCAGCGGUGGAGCGGAUGGCAAGAAAGAUCGGAUCGCUAUACUCUCAGCGGUAGUGGACACCGUCAAGCCGGAUUGGACAGUCUUGGCGAAGAAGUUUGAAGGCAAGACCAAGACCCGUGAGUAA